AUGCUCGCCCAGUGUUCUCUCUUCGUGCAACCGCGGGUGUUCAAGGGUCUCGUGAUGCGGUCCCACGCUCCUGUCGCAUGCUGGGCUGCCUCCCUGCCCUGGAUGACGCAGCAGCAGCGCCGACGCUCCUCCUUCGCCUCCGCCACGCCGGCCGCGCCCAGCACUGAUGCAGGAAAAGGUAACUACUUUCAUUUCUUCCGGAUUGCCAAGCACCCCGACCUCGAUGUGGCGGCGCUGCAGAAGAAGUACCACAACCUCCAACGCCUCGUGCACCCCGACCAACAGCAGGUGCAGGCGCAGCAGCAGCAAGCAGAGGCGGCCGAUGUUGCCCCCGCGACCUCGUCAUCGCCGCUGCCGUUUGCGUGCACCUCCAACGAAGCGAAGAGCAGCACCGAUGUCUCCACGUACGCCAACGCCGCGUACGAGACUCUGCGGGCACCUUAUUCGCGCUGCCGCUACCUCUCUCGCCUCGUGAAGGCUGAAGAAGUCAAGGGUAACCCGCUCAGUGCAGCAGAGGAGGAGGAGCUGCUGGUUGAGGACGAUCAGCGCACCAUGAAGGCGCGUGAGGUGCGACCCGAUGCCCCGAUGAGCGACGACUUCCUCAUGGAGAUGCUGGCCAUGAACGAGUUGAUCUUCGCUGGUGACUCGUCAGACGAGGGCGUGCGUCAGCAGUGGUCUGUGCUCCGCUUCGACCUCGAGGACCGCGCCGUUGGCUACUUCAAGGACGCCAUCAAGAGCUGGAAUGACGGCGAUAUGGGCGCCUUUCAUCACAUCGUCCACGAGUGGACGUACGUGGCCACAGCACUGAACAAUCUGAAGGAGCGCAUGCUCGAGUAG